AAGAAUCCAACUAUCAGCAAGCCCUUCUUUGGAGAAAUGCAAGGACAUUAACGGAACGUAAAACGAUCGAAAAGAAGUAUGGUGUACGUUGGAGUGAGCUCCAUCGACUUGGUUAUUUUGACGUCGUUAGAUGUUCCAUAGUCGAUGGGCUCCAUAACCUUUACCUUGGUACGGCCAAAAGAAUGGUAGAUUUUUGGAAAUCUGAACAAAAGCCAAACAGUUCACAAUGUUACUUGACAAACAGAGAUUUAGCAGAUAUGGCUGUAGAUGCAAAAAAACUGAUUGUUCCUCCUCAGUUUACGACAAUAAGCUCAAAAAUAUCUGCUAAUUUCUCUGGUUUCAAAGGUGAUGAGUUCCGUUCAUGGACAAUUGUUUAUUCUGCUAUACUUCUAAAAGGACGUUUAAUUGGUGAGCAUAUGAUGAACUGGUUGCGUUUUGUAAUGGCUAAUCAGAUACUUGCAUCAUCAACAAUAACUGUAUCUGAAGUUAACGAAGCUCAUAAUUUACUUGUAGAAUUUAUCAAAAACAAUGUCGACCUCUAUGGUCCUAAUUUCAUAACACCAAAUAUGCAUAUGCAUCUACAUUUACAACAAACAAUUUAUGAUUUUGGGCCACUUUAUUCUACUUGGUUAUAUAGCUUCGAACGUGCCAAUGGUGAUAUCAAAAAAAUUGAUAUCAAUUUUAAAGAAGGACUCGAGUUCACCUAUAUGGAAAAGUUUCUUCAGCAAGUCCAUGUUCAAGAUUACUUACAAAUGCUUCCUGAUUCAUUAAAAGGCAAUACAAUUAUAAUGAAUGUAUUGAAACAUUUGAUCCCAAAUGAGCAAUUUAAACAAGAUGAACUGAUUUUGGACGAUGAAGAUAUGGAAGAUUUGGUAGAAUUAGAUAGAAAUGAUAAUAACUCAUUACACCAAGAAAGGAGCAACGGCCAAGAUUAUUUGUUUGAUUUAGAAACUUUCCUUACUAGUUCAAUUAAUACAGGCAUUAUUCUAACUGGUAGUGAACCUUUACCUCCUUCAGCAUUACCGUUAAAUACAAGAAAAGUUAUAAUAAUGAAUAAUCAUCAUUAUAAUUAUCUAUAUGAAUUCUACCGAUCUGUAUAUAGUGCCAGCUUUACCAUCAAGAAGAUUACUGAUAAUGCUCCCUCCUCAUAUCUCACAGCCAUCAUUAGUGAUCAAAUUCAAAAGUUCGAUAGAGUCAACUUGGCAGGGCAACUAUUUAGAUGUAUGGAAAGUAGAACAGACAGAGGCGCAUAUAUUCAAGCAAUGGUUCCUUUAGAAGACGGAUGUUUUAGAGUUGGCAAAAUACUCUAUUUUUUUACUAAUGAAGUAUUUUUCCCUAACAAUGAUAAUCUUUUUGGACCUCCUGUUGUUAAAAAGCAUUUCUUUGCUUUUGUUCGUUGGUAUAAGCCUUCUGUUAAUCAGUUCUCUUCUUUUGAUAUUCAUAAUGUUGAAGUAUGGAAAAAUGAAUUUGAAGCCGACAGUAUUUUAUCCAUUUUACCACUUUGUCAAAUACAUACCUGUGUCGCACUUGCUCCAUAUAUCGAUAGCAAUGUUUUAGUACUUCCUUUGCCUCGAAGAACAAUUGGCAUGUAAAUCCUUUUUUUUAUUAUCAUUAUGUCUACGUUUAUGUCUAUGUUUAUGUCUAUGUUUAUGUCUAUGUUUAUGCUUCUAUUUAUACUUAUGUUCAACUUUUUUAUUCAUGUUUUUUAUAUCUUAUAAUACAAAAUAUAUCCUUUUUCAUAUGCUAUCAAAUUACGUUUACUAUUAUCUUUACAUUUUAUAUUUAUUAUUUGAUUUUCAAAAAAAAAAAAAAAAAUUAAGAAUUGAAUGCCCAAGCAGGAAAAUCAGCUUCAUUGAGAUGUCUAGGAAAUGGUAUAACUUCUUCUGAAUAUAUUCGGUUCAAACGAUUAUUCCUUUGAACUUUUCCUGAUGCAUUAUCCUCAGGGUUCCUCCAUUGAUCAU